AUGGCACAGCACCUACGACAGCUACAAGAUCAAUUCGAUGAUUAUCUCCCGAGCGAAGAUCUUACCGACGAUACAUGGGUCGAGAAUCCUUUUUACGUGGAUAUACAUCGCAUGCCAGAUAAGUUGAGCGCCUCAGAGAAAGAAAGCCUCAUCGAAGUAAGCUGCGACAAUCUCCUACGCUCGAUACACCAUCAGAAAGGGACAUCCGCGAUGUGGACCGCAGCUGCGGUUCCAUACGAGUCCCUCGCGAUGAAAGCUCUGAAGAAGCUGGUUCCCUUCGCCACAUCAUACUUGUGCGAGUCGACAUUUUCGCAUAUGGUUUUCGUCAAAACGAAGGAGCGAAGCCGGCAGACCGAUGAGAAUCUCGAAGCUCAGCUUCGGAUCCAGGUAUCGCGGAUCGAACCGCGUUUCGAAGAGCUCAUUGAGGAUGUUCAGCAACAACGAUCGCAUUAA